AUGAGAAAAUUAAUAGAAACUCAUCGAAUUGCAUCGGAGAAGCAAGAGUUGGAAGCAAAGGAAAACAAAAAAAGGGCUGCUAAAAAGGAGAAGAAGAAAGAAAGUGUUCUGAAUGCAACGAUAAUUCUUCAAAAUGUAAAGUCUCAAGAUAAGGAAGAAGGUUUGAAUGAAACAACUUCCACAUCUCCUCGCUCGCCUAUUGAAAACAUCAGUCCCGAUAUAACAAACGAUGCUCAGUACAAUGCUAUUGUUAAUGCUAAAGAUCUAAGGGAAAGUAUUAAAAUAUUAACUUUUACGAUGAUUGAGAUGAAAACAGACGUGCAAAGAGAUAUGAAAAGUAUGAAGAAAGAUAUUGCAGAAAUCAAAGUGGAAAUUACAGAAAUCAAAAAAGAUAUGUAUAGCUUGAAUAGAAAUGUGGGCUGCCUUUACGAAGGCCAAGUGAAAGCAGAAUUUGAGAAGAAUUUUCAAGUUGAGUCUCCAAAGAUUUUAGAAUAUGACAAGUUUUCAACUAGAUUUGCUGAAGUGUAUUCCCAAAAUGGUUACCUUAAUGAAUUGGUGAAGAAAUUGAUAAUAGGAAAUGUUUUGAGCAAGGAAGAAAAAAGAAAGUUGACCUUGAAAACCUUCAAAGUUGAGCUUAAUUUUGUUCUAACCGACAACUCAAACUCCACAAAAGUCCAAAUCAUUGAAGCAACCAUGUCCUCAUUCUCAAAUCCUAACAAGUUAAUAUGUAAAUUAGUACAAUUGGAACGUCAAGUAUUGUUUUAUAAAGCUUGUUACCCAUCUCAUACAGUCACUAAAAUUGGAUUAGUUUCACCAUCCGAUUUGGAUUCAGAUAUGGUAAAGGAUGCACUUGAUAAAUACCCAGGAUUGGUAGUUGUUAAAUCAUUUUUAGAUGAGGGUAAUUUUGAAACUAUUAGAUUGGGUAAUAAGCCAGAGAUUUUUUAA